UAAUUUUAUAACUUUCACUUGUGUUGUUUUUCCCAAUGAACGAUGAAAAAAUUACCGUACAGAUUCUGGAUAGCAGUGAUGAUAUUUUUCGGAGCGUACACAAACUUCGCGCUAAGAGUGAACGUAGUGUUGAGCAUACAAGCGAUGACGAAACCAAUAGCAGCACCUAAUUUUGAUGCCGUACCGGAGUGUUUGCUAUCAAAAUCGAACGAGAGUAAUACAAAAGAAGAAGUCAACCUCCCCAACUAUGGUACCCGCUUCGAUUGGAGCCAAUUGAUCAUCGGCCACUCGUUGAACAGCUACUUUUGGGGAUAUUUGGUGGGCUCUUUGCCGAGCGGUGCAAUAGCCGAGAGAAUCGGCCCGUUCAAAGUCAUUUUCUGGUUCUCCCUGAUCUCGGCCGUUUUGAACGCUCUAUGCGUACCGGCUGCAUAUUUACACCAUAAUUUAUUCAUCAUCAUAAGAUUCAUGAUCGGAGUGCUAGGUACUUUUAUGUUCCCCUCUUUUCACAUAUUGAUAGCGAAAUGGUCGCCGCCACUAGAAAGAUGCCGGUUUACAUCGGCAAUGAUGGGCAAUGGACUGGCUGUUGUAACCAAUUGGCCGAUCAUAUCGGCGUUGACGGUUAAUUUCGGUUGGAGUUGGGGUUUCUACAUCGUCUCGUUCCAAUUAUUAUUGUACUGUUUGGUAUUCUGGUUCCUUUGCAGCGAUCUGCCGGAACAGAAUCGCUUGGUUUCCUCCGAUGAGGUCGCCUACAUCAAGUCAAGUCAAAUGAAUAGCGUGUCGCGAAAAAAGCAGUGGGCUCCUUACUUAAGCAUAAUUAGCAGUCGAUCGUUUUGGAUACUGACCAUAUGCCACAUGGGCUGCUUGUACGGUUUCUACAUAGAGAUAACCAGCUUACCGAAGUACAUGGCGGAAGUGAUUGGAUACAAUUUAAACACCUUAUCGGGACCCAUCGGCGUGUUCCCACAUUUGUUUCGGAUCAUCGUGGCUAUUGUGAGCGCUUCCAUAGCCGAUUGGAUGGCUGUAAAGGGCUUUGCGACGGUUAAGGGUCUGCGAAGGGUGUUUACCAUUUUCUCGCACAUCCUUCCUGGUUUAAUGACCAUCGGAUUUGCCAUAAGUUAUUGUAACGUCGUCGCAGUGAUCUUCAUAUUAGUCGGUUUGGGCAUAAAUGGUACUUGCGUCAUGACAAAUUUGGUAAACGUGCAGGAUCUGGCGCCGAAUUUCGCCGGAACCUUGUUCGGUUUUAUUAGUUUCUUCGGUGGAAUUACCGGGAUUUUGGUGCCCAUGCUGCAGGCGUUCUUUAUCAGGAAUAACAAUGGGCUAAAGGAAUGGAGUCGCUAUUUUUACUCAGGGGGUGUAUUUUACAUUUUAAGCGGUACCCUUUUUAUUGUAUCCGGUGUUUUUGAAGAAGAGCCGUGGAAUGCUAUUCAUGAAUGAUAAAUGACUAUAUCUAGACAUUCUAG